CAAAAAUGUUCAGUUUUUUACUUUUUUCAUUAUAAAUGAGACCUGAAAUUGUCUCAAUUUUUAUGAAAUUCAUUUAGUUCAUGUAAAACAUUGCUAAUAACAAAAUGUUGUACCAAAAAGUGCUGAUAGCUGUAUUUUUAAUAACAUUUUUCAAUGUUAUUUUAUGUGAAACUGAACAGCCAGAAGAGAAUUGUGAUAUACCCUGCGAUGAGAAUGAUACACUACCGGUUUGUGUCUGGGAUAAAGAUGAAUAUUGUUUCCUCUCAUUGCCCUCAAAAUGUGUCAUGGAACGUAUACAGUGUAUAUUUCAAAAAGAUUAUUUGAUUUAUGGUGCUACCUACUGCGACUUGGAGGGAUUCAAGUGUCCCGUAUUUCAAUCUCCACCCUUGGAAAAUGAACAGUUACACACUUAUCAUGAAAUUCCUGCGGAUAAUGUUGAAGUUAUUUUAAAAAAUGAGAACAAAAACGAUAUUAUUGGAAUCUCGGAAGAUAUUGAAAAUAUCGUUGAUCAACUAGCAAAUCCAAGAUAGUAUUGAAAGUGAGGAAGAAAAUAGUGAUAAUGGUAAAAUGUUGUAAA